AUGGAGCAUAGGGCUCAACUCUAUAAGGAUCCCGAAGGACAACCGAUUGAUGCAACUGAAUAUCGAAGAGUCAUUGGUUGUCUGCGAUAUCUCCUUCAUACAAGGCCAGAUCUUUCUUAUGUUGUUGGUGUUGUCAGUAGAUUCAUGGAGAGGCCAACUGAGAUACAUCACAAGGCAGUGAAGCAGGUGCUUCGAUACCUUCAAGGCACUAUACACUUAGGUCUAGUGUUUCAAAAAGGAGGCGGUGACGAGGAAAUAGUGGGUUACUCUGAUAGUGAUCUCGCAGGUGACCUAGAUGACCGGAAAAGUACGGGGGGCAUGGCGUUCUACAUUAACGAUAGUCUUGUUUCGUGGAACUCUUAG